UUCUCCACAACGUCGGUCCAAACGCACUGCCUCAAGGUUGACACCGCCCUAGACUAGGCGUGACCGGGAGAGGACGGUGCCCGCAGUGCGGGCCGGGCGCGGAAGCUGGUGGGGCUCCCCCAGUGCGGGAGGCUGGCGAGGACUCCAAACGGUCAAGCGUUGGAGGGCCUCACCCUGAUGGUGGGAAUUUAGGCAUGUGGCGUGUGGCAGUUACCUCCGGGCGGCCUCGGGGAGGCCCCGGUGAGCCACUACGGUCAACGGGAGGCCGGGGUUCGGGACUUGCUGGCCCGCCCGCCGGUCACCCAGGGGCCUUGGGAACAGGGAAAUGCGCGCGCCGAGGCGGUGGCGGCCUCGCCGCUUUCAGUUUUCAUUGAGGCUGCUGGUUACUGUUUAACAUCCCCACCCACGUUUCAGUUUGUUUAGUAAAUCGAUCGUUCGGUGAGAGUCAGGCCGCUGCCUUGUCGCCAUUGAGCAAAACUAAUAUCCUUCAGCAUACGGUCAAAAGUCUUUGCUAGAGAUCAAGACAAACAAACAAACAAACAAACCACAAAAUCCUUAAGCCUCCUCUCCCAGCUCCCCCCAGCCCCACCCCCACCUCCCACCUCCGCGCUUUCAGCCAACUUCCCAGGCUCGGAAAAGUGCGGCACGGGACGCCGCUGCUGGGGUGGGUGGGGGGAACGGGCCGCUGGGAGAUGCGGCGGCUGCGGCGCAGCUGACUGCGACGCGGGAGCUCCGGGAGCGCCUCCGCGCAGAAUUGUAAGCUGCAAUUGAAGAAGGAGAAGGGGAUCCAAGCCCUGAUGUCCCUUUUUUGAGUGAAGACCCUUCUUCUCAUGCUUUGGAACCUGCAUUGAAUCCUGAAAACUUUUUGCAGUAGAAUUUGAAAACCACUGACCUAGCCCAACCCCUCAUUUUACAGAUGAAGAAACUGAACUUGAGAGAAGUUGAGUGACUGGCCCACCAUUGCAAAGCUGGAGCACCAGUGAAAGCAGCCAGUCUGAGAUAUUGACACUAUAGAAAAAACUGACAGCUUACUCCUUGUAUUGAUUCUGCUCUUCCCUACAAAUAUAGACUCCGUUCCCUACCACAGCCUUAGAGCUCUGCUCCAGAGACAACAAGUAUGAAUACCACAGACAAUGGUGUCAACUGUCUAUGUGCUAUAUGUGGGGACAGAGCGACAGGAAAGCAUUAUGGAGCAUCAAGCUGUGAUGGGUGCAAGGGCUUCUUCAGACGCAGCAUACGCAAGAGUCACGUUUAUUCCUGCAGGUUCAGUCGGCAAUGUGUUGUUGACAAGGACAAAAGGAAUCAAUGUAGAUAUUGUCGAUUAAGAAAGUGUUUUAGAGCAGGAAUGAAAAAAGAAGCUGUGCAAAAUGAACGUGAUCGAAUAAGCACCAGAAGGAGCACAUUUGAUGGCAGCAACAUCCCCUCCAUUAACACACUGGCACAGGCAGAAAUUCGGUCUCGCCAGAUCUCAGUCUCAAGCCCUGGAGCAAGCACUGACAUAAACGUUAAGAAAAUUGCAAGUAUCAGUGAUGUCUGCGAAUCUAUGAAGCAGCAGCUCUUAGUCUUGGUGGAAUGGGCUAAAUAUAUCCCCGCCUUCUGUGAGUUACCGCUGGAUGACCAGGUGGCACUGUUGAGAGCUCACGCAGGGGAACAUUUACUGCUUGGAGCGACAAAGAGAUCCAUGGUGUAUAAAGAUAUUUUGCUUUUGGGAAACAACUACGUAAUUCACCGCAACAGCAGUGAAAUUGAGAUCAGCCGCGUGGCCAACCGGGUUCUAGACGAGUUGGUACGACCAUUUCAAGAAAUUCAGAUUGAUGACAAUGAAUAUGCUUGUUUGAAGGCAAUUGUAUUUUUUGAUCCAGAUGCAAAAGGGCUAAGCAACCCGGUAAAGAUUAAGAACAUGCGGUUCCAAGUGCAGCUCAGUUUGGAGGACUACAUCAAUGACAGGCAAUAUGACUCCCGGGGGAGGUUUGGAGAGCUGCUCUUGCUCCUGCCCACGCUGCAGAGCAUCACCUGGCAAAUGAUUGAGCAAAUACAAUUCGUUAAACUUUUUGGGAUGGUUAAAAUUGACAACUUACUUCAGGAAAUGUUACUGGGUGGUGCUUCCAAUGACGCCAGCCAUCUCCAUCAUCCGGUGCACCCACAUUUGUCUCAAGAUCCAUUAACCGGACAAACUAUACUUUUAGGUCCCAUGUCAACACUGGUUCAUACAGACCAGAUCUCAACUCCUGAGACCCCACUCCCUUCCCCACCACAAGGCUCUGGACAAGAACAGUACAAAAUAGCCGCAAACCAAGCUUCAGUGAUUUCACACCAGCCUCUCUCCAAACAAAAGCAAUUGUGAGAAUAUGUUUACUCCUGAAUGGCACUGCGUAAAUGUGAAAACUUGUUGGUCUUAAAAUAACUCAGGAUAGUACUUUUGGCAAACUCUUAGCCAAGGCUUCUUCAUGGUGCUGUUGUAAGAUGGUAUCCUCUUUUCUUGUUUAUAUGCUCAUUUUGUUUGUUGUUGCUAUUGUUUAAAACUUUCAGAUGCAAAUAAUGUAUAUCUGAGUUUCAAUAUGUUUGUAUAGUAUAUUUUUCCAACUUCCCUUGCACUGCUCUGGAACCAGUUGAAUCCUAUGUACUACUUUCAUUUGUUGUCUCGAUAUUAAUUUAAAUCUGUAAAUAAUUGCUUCAUUGUGAUGUGAUGCAGAACUGAGUGUUCUUUUGUGACUAAGAAUGGUAGGUAGAUCAGCAAUUCCAGAUCAGUGUAAAAUGAACCAUUUUUUUUUUAUCAAUUUCAAACUUGCAAGUUAGAAAAAUAAAGCAGUUGCUAUAAAAUAGGAAAUAUUUAUUUGAAGAAUCACUUGUGGAUAUCCAGUGGCUAAGAAGCAUCUUUCUGGCCCACAGUUAAAUACACCUCUAUCUUAAGCUUAGAAAAUUAUAGUCAUGCCGAGGCUGACUGGCUAUUCCUUGUAAUCCUGCCUAUAUUUGAAGAUGUAUUUUAACAUAAAACAUGUUUGUUUUACCAAUCAAGAUACAGGAUAAAUGGUAAAAAAGGAAACCCUUAACACAGUGGCUCGACCAAGAGAAACCCUGCCUUCUCUCUCCUAAAACAAUCUGGUAGUCAUCCAUUGACUUGAAUUUUAGCAUAUGCCUGCCUCUAGUUCCCAGGGACCCUGCAAGAGCAGUCUUUAGGUGAUAAGCCUUGUGCCAACUAAAACGGCACCACUCUGGGAGGCUGAUAUUGGGAGACAAAAUGGCCAUUGUCACACACACAGUGUCUCACUUAAUCCUCACGGCAACCCCGUAAGAGAGGUAUUAUUGUCUUUCACUUAUAAAUGAAGAAACCUAUUGCUUGGAGGGUUGAAGUACAUAACUGAAGUUUGUAAACCUGAAGAGCAGGACAGCCACCUUGACGCCCAGAUCUGCUGGACUCUAAGGAGAAUAAAUCUGGUGUGGAAUGAAAAAUGUGAGCUUCUUACUAUGGUUUUUAAAUAUAUGCAGUUGAUGUGAUGACUGAAUCCUGCCCAUCUUGUUACCUGUAACACAUAUUUACAUGUAAUCAAUGAGUGUAAAUUUGUUGCAGCACGAAUAAGAAACCACUGUUGUCGCUUUAAUGUCUUCCCCCCAAAACAAAAAACAAAAAAAACAAGACAAAAACACAAAACAAAACCUUAAAACAAAUUAAAGGAAAUAAAAGACAUACCAGAUAGGUUAUGAUGAAAACACAAAUGCAAAUCACUGGCUCAGAGGAUUUUCAAAAAUCCAGUGGACUGAGGAGUACAGUUCAUUGGAGCCCUAUUUGAUAUCAUCUAAAGCUGAAGUGUAUUUGAAAACAAUGCAUGAUGGGCCACCUCAAGAAAUAGUGAUCUCCCUCACUCUCUUUCUCUAUCACACACACACACACACACACACACACACACACAAGCAAGGAAAUAUCACUGAGUAAUUAUGAGUGAUACAAAAAAUAGUGUCCCAACUUGUAAGAGACUAAAUUAACUGAUUUUUACAGAAUCUCUCAAAAUUUCUAAGAUUUCAUAACCCCCAUUUACCCUACGAAUAAAAAGCGUUCUGUUAAUAUUAACUAACUUAUUCAGUGUAGAAAAAUGGUUAAUUGGAAGCUAUAAUGGAUUUAAUAAAAUCAAAAUUCCUUCAGUAGCUGGUACCUGAAAACUGUAAAAUAUAUCUUUGAGAGUGAGGGAGGGAAGAGGAAAGUUUACUUCACUCUUAUUUUUUGGAAAUUUACUCUAGCGUCUCAAUUUCAUGUAUAAGAAUGCUUUUGAUCUUUAUAAAUAACAAAUACUUUUGUAGGUUUCUGUUUUACUUGUUGUGCUGUUCUUUUAGUAGAUAUUAAAAAAAUUCAUUUUUAGUGAACCCUUUAACUUAUCUGCAUAUAUUUACUAAACAGCUUUGUUUUAGAAAUUAUUGCUAACGAUUUUGUUUUAAUAACUAUGGUCAGGGAAUUUUUAAUAUAAUAUUUUUGUAUACUUAACUGCCAAAAAUGCUGGACAAAGAGGAACUGAAGUUUUCAGUGUAUUUUCAAAAUAUUGAUAAUGAAACUUAUUGCUUUUAUAUAGCACAAAACU